CGGUGAUCUGUUUGCAGCAGGAGAGGAAGCGCAGACUUCUGAAACAAUGUUAUGUCUGUAAAACAGCAACAACAACCUUUCGUACCAGUGUCGUUUUACUUUAGGCUGUUUGAGGAGUCGUGUAACUAGACAUUAUUGUAUAGCUCUUCGUAAAAACGCUGUUGUUUCGUUGAACAGACUGAAGCAAUCGAAGUGAGGAGUAAUUUCACUGAUCACACGCGUUUUAUUGGGUUUCCCAAACUAUAGAUAUGUUUUCUAGCUGCUAAACAUUCCCCAGCGUUAUCGGGACCAAGGGGUUUUGUGUCCAGCAUGAGCUCCUCGGCUGGGGACAGAGAGCCUGGGAUCUUUGAUAAUGUGAAGGAAGAGCCUGGUGGUCCAACCUGCUCAGGAGACUCCAGCAGACAUGAGUCUGCUAUAUGUUUGGGCAACGGUGAAGUGAAGAGUAGUGCUGUGGUGAAGUACUCUGCAGCCCCACCUCCAACCACCUAUGCCCUCCUGCAGGAAAAAACAGACCUCAAACUACCACCAGCCAACUGGCUGAGAGAAAACGCCCAGCUGGGCAGCGCUGGUACCACAGUGUUAGGAUCCAGCAGCAAGAGCAAGCCUUUCUCCAGUUUUGGGAUAGCCUAUGACUUCAUCGACUGCAUCGGGGAUGAUGUUGAUGUGGUGUCAGACUCUGAGAACAUCAAGAAGCUUUUAAAAAUUCCCUACAGCAAGUCUCAUGUUAGUAUGGCCGUUCACCGUGUUGGAAGGACGUUGCUUGUAGAUGAGCUGGACAUACAGGAGCUUUUCAGAAGAUCCUCUCAGACAGGAGAUUGGACUUGGCUCAAAGAGUUUUACCAGAGACUAAUAGAUCAAAAAUGGGAGAGGAAAAAGAAGAGUAAAGAGCACUGGUAUCAGAAAGCCAUCCUGUCAAAGUUCCUCUACUACAGUAUAAACGGUGAUGGGGCUGCAGAGCCCGUAUUAGACAACAUGGAUGAAGGAGAUGACGAGACCGGGGCUGAAGAGUACAGCUCCUCUUGGCCGGCCACUUUCACCAGCAGAUCCGAUGUGGAAGAAUCAGAUGCUCCCGAACAGGAAAGUUUGGACAGCAAGUUUGCUCUGGGCCAGGUGACAUCGGUACCUAAAGAGCAAAACCUCCCUACUCUUUUUAAUGAAGGGGAAAACAGUCAGGGUUUAAGGAAUGACUUUGUGCGAAACAUCAUGUGGACGUUUGAGGACAUCCACAUGUUGGUCGGGUCCAACAUGCCGAUAUUCGGAGGUGGUCGCUAUCCUGCCGUCAGUCUAAGACUCAGGGACAGCAAUAAACCAAUCAACAUCUUAACUGGUAUUGAUUACUGGCUUGACAAUCUGAUGUGCAACGUCCCAGAACUUGUGAUGUGUUUUCACGUCAAUGGCAUUGUGCAGAAAUACGAGAUGAUAAAAACAGAGGACAUCCCUCAUCUAGACAACUCGACUUUCUCCACCAGAGUUGUGAAAGACAUCGCCCAAAAUAUCCUCUCCUUCCUAAAGUCCAACUGCACCAAAGAAGGUCACACCUACUGGCUUUUCAAAGCGAGUGGGAGUGACAUUGUGAAGCUCUACGACCUUACUACUCUGUGUGAGGAGGCUGAAGAAGAGAAAUGUCAGAAUCCCUUCACUCUUCCUGUCGCUGUGCUGCUGUACAAAGUGGCCAGCAGCCUGAUGCUGAAGGCGAGGCAAAACAGAAAGCACUACGGGACGAUCAGAACUCUGCUCUUAAACUGCGUCAAACUCCUCGACCAAGAGAGACAUCCUCAGAUCAUCGCCUCAGCCUACUACAUUCUGUCAGAGCUGUUCCAGCUCGACGAGCCUCCCGAAGAAGACGGAGAGGAGUCGUUGCGGGCUGGUGGUUCAGAAGACAGCUACAGUGAUGAAGACAGAGAGGAAGAGGAGGACGAGGAUCUCACAGAAGACAGUGAUGAGAACGGCUCCUACAGUAACUGCUCCCAGCCUCAGGAUGAUAGUAAAGCAGUGGCAGUGAUCCGCUCUGUCGGGGAGCUGUCGGUCCCUGAGAAGUACAAAUCAACUCACCAGAUCAGACCAACCGGUGCCUUACCUGUCUCUCAAGAUAAGGAGGAGCGAUGCAGGCACGUCCUGAGCUAUGUACUAAAGGGUUUGAGGGGGGUGGACAGGAGCAUCAAGAGAGAGAGUGAUCUCCCGGCUGCAGACCCAAACACACCCAUUCCCCUCAAAUAUAACGAUGGAAAUGCAAACGCAGCUUCUGCUGGAGAGAAAGGGAUAUCUCUUCUGCUUGAAAGAGUGGGGCCCGUGCCGGUGGACCAGAAGAUCCCGACUCGGUCGGGGAUGAUCCCUGGCUCCUGGCAGCACCGUAUGAAGCUGCAGCUUUUCCUCAAAGCCUCCAAGGCCUACUACGUCCUGUCUGAUGCAGCAACCAACCUGCUGAAGUACGGCCGAGCCCUGCGCUACAUCAAGCUAUCUAUGCAGUGUUAUGACGCCUAUUGUUCCGUUAUUGCAACUCUGCAUCCACAAGUGCUGCAGUUUCACAGCCAGUGCCUGUCUCUGUGUGGGGACAUCCAGCUGAUGCUGGCCCAGAAUGCCAACAACAGAGCGGCAUAUCUGGAGGAAUACAGCUACCAGACGAAGGAGGACCAGGAGAUCCUGCACAGCCUGCACAGAGAGAGCAGCUGCCAGGCCUUCAGCAUGGCAACAGACCUGGCCAUGGACCCUGAGUACCAGCUGUUUGUGAGCAGUAAAUGCUACGAGGCGGCGUAUGAGCUGCUGAUCUCCGAGGCGCUGAAGGACCAUUCCUCUGAUCAGCUGUCUCCGGUUCGCAAAAGGCUUGGAAACAUCCGCAACGAGAUGGGAGUGUAUUACAUGAACCAGGCUGCAGCCAUGCAAACAGAGAAUGAGGCAAAGAUGUCGGUGUCCACAGCAGAGCAGGAGUUGUGGAAAAAGAGUUUUUCCUUUUUUGAGAAAGGAAUGAAGGACUUUGAGGCGAUCCGGGACAGCACCAACACGGCCUUACUGCUCUGUAACACGGGCAGGCUGAUGAGAAUCUGCGCUCAGGCCCAGUGCAGCGUCUCUGCAGAUGAGAGCAGAGGGGAGUUCUCCCCCGAAGAGGCUCUUUACUACAACAAGGCCAUAGAUUAUUACUUGCAAGCUAUGAAGUCCCUGGCCAGCAGACAGAGCCACCCAGCAGUAUGGGACAGUGUAAACUGGGAAUUGUCCACUACAUACUUCACUCUGGCUACACUUCUGCAGGACUACGCCCCGCUGUCCAGGAAGGCCCAGGAACAGAUUGAGCGAGAGGUUACCGAGGCGAUGAUGAAAUCCCUCAAAUACUGCGACCUGCAGACAGAAUCAGCUCGACAGCCGCUCUACCAGUACCGGGCCGCCACCAUCCACCAUCGCCUGGCUUCCAUGUACCACAGCUGCUUCCGCAACCAGGUGGGAGACGAACACUUGAGGAAGCAGCACCGCAGCCUGGCAGAGCUCCACUACAGCAAGGCCGUCUCUUUGUUCCUCAGCCUCAAAGAUGCACCCUGCGAGCUGCUCCGCACGUUGCUGGAGAGGGUGGCUUUUGCUGAGUUCACCAUGGCAGGUCAGAGCAGCAGCAUGGCAAAGCUGAAGAGUCUGACUGCCACGAUAGAGACCAUGAGCGAAACUCGCCAUGCCUUCCAGCUGAUCUACAAGGAGCUGCAGGAAGAGCAGGUGGAGUCGAGUGAGCUGUGCUCCACUGCUGACGUGGCCAGCAGCUCCGCAUCAGGACUCGACCUCCAGGAAGUGAUGAAAUUAAUUGGGGUGUUUGAGCCAAGUUUCUCCUUCCUGCUGCUGCAGAUGAUCAAGCUGAUGACAACCUUGAAAAGGAAGCCAAGCAAUAAAGAUGAUGAAUUGUUGAAAACCUUCAAGGCUGUGUACUCGAAGCUGCUGCGUGCCGAGAAAAACGCACCUCUGCUCAGCCGCGUGGGCCUCUACAUGGAGCUCCUGCAGCAACUGACCCCUCAAACCGGAGGGGAAGACACGGGAACACAUAAAGCAUGAAGGAAGGAACCUCCAGUAUUUGGGUUUUCUGCACAUGUAGAAGGAAAGAUCUAAAAUAAAAGGCACAAACUCAGGCAACACAAUUUCUAAGCUAACUUCACCUCCUGCGCCUUCAAAAUGGGUUUACCAUAUACAUUGCAGACUUUGAAUUGUACAUUUUUGUGAAGAGUUGUAAAUGUAAAAAAAGUAUUUAAAUUUAUUAUUUCCUGUCUCAAGCACUUAUGCAUCAAUCUUCAAUGUGAAGCUUGUUUUUGACUGUACCAAACGUCAUGUUAUCAUUCUUAAACUCAGAACUUAAGGGAUACAAAUAGAGAUACCUAAAACACUCAAAUUCAUCGGAAUAUUGGAUCUUUUUUCUGGCGUUGAAUUAUUCCAUUAAUGUUGUGCAUAAAACAAACUAAAGUAUGACUGAUCAACUUCAUUAUUUGCUUUUAAGGCUCCAGUGUGCAAUAGUUAAGCAACAUUAAAUGCAAACAGCAUUAGCUAAGCCUGUCCACAAUUCUGUAUAAAUGUUUAUAUCAGCAUGGUUUGCUGUGCGAAAUAAAGAUUUUAAGUUUUCUACUGUA